AAAAACAAUAGUUGGCAAGCAACAGUGUGAAAAGUAAAGUGCACUGGAGUUUUUGUUAUAAUCGUGGUUUUAGCAGAAUUUCGGUGCAGGAAUCAGUUUAAGAAUGUGGUCAGACACGUUAUUAAUACUCGUAAUUUCUAUAUUCACGGCCUUGCUGAGCGAAGGUCUGACAUGGCUUAUGGUGUACAGAACCGACAAGUACCAGAAACUAAAGGCGGAAGUUGAAAAACAAUGUAAAAGACUGGAAAAGAAGAAAGAGGCUCACGGCGAGACAGCCGCCCGACAACAGAAGAAGAAGAUAGAACGGGAAGAAGAAAAACUGAAGAACAACAACAGAGACCUGUCACUUGUGAAAAUGAAGUCGAUGUUUGCCAUAGGCUUUGCCUUUACAGCGCUUCUCAGCAUGUUCAAUUCAAUCUUCGAUGGCCGGGUUGUUGCCAAAUUGCCCUUUGUGCCAGUUUCUUGGAUUCAGAGCCUCUCGCACAGGAAUCUGCCUGGAGAAGACUAUACUGACUGUUCCUUUAUCUUUCUUUACAUCCUCUGCACCAUGUCCAUCAGGCAGAAUACACAGAAACUUCUUGGAUUUGCUCCUUCUCGAACAGCAAAUAAGCAGAGUGGCACCCUUUUUUCACCAGGCCCUCAACAGUUGACCAGAUAACAAACCGACCCAUCCCAAAUAGUGUGGAAAUAAAAUUUCCUACGUGUGAAUGUGAA